GUCUUCUUGUGGGAACGUUGGACGUGGUUUUGGAUUCCAGUGCCAGAGUUGCCCCAUACCGUAUUCUGCACCAGACUCAGGACUCCCAAGUGUAUUGGGCAGUGGCGUGUGGAUCAUCUCGUAAAGAGAUCACGAAACAUUGGGAAUGGCUGGAGAAUAACUUACUGCAGACUCUGUCCAUCUUUGAUAAUGAGGAAGAUAUCACCACCUUUGUCAAGGGCAAGAUACAUGGAAUUAUUGCUGAAGAGAACAAGAAUGAGCAGCCCCAGAGCGAAGAGGACCCAGGUAAAUUCAAAGAGGCUGAACUGAAGAUGCGGAAGCAGUUUGGGAUGCCCGAGGUGGAGAAGUUGGUCAAUUACUAUUCCUGCAGCUAUUGGAAGGGGCGGGUACCCAGGCAGGGUUGGCUGUACCUCACUGUCAAUCACCUCUGUUUCUACUCCUUUCUGCUGGGCAAAGAGGUUACGCUGGUGAUCCAGUGGGUGGAUGUAACCCAGCUAGAAAAAAAUGCUACACUGCUGUUCCCCGAGUGCAUUAAAGUAAACACAAGGGACAGUGAACUUUAUUUUUCCAUGUUUCUCAACAUCAACGAGACAUUCAAGCUGAUGGAGCAGUUGGCUAACAUUGCUAUGCGGCAGCUGUUAGAUAACGAGAGCUUCCUACAGGACAAGUCCCUUCCAAAGCCCAGGAAACCUCUUAAGAACAUCUCUGCAUUAAAAAGAGACCUGGAUGCUCGAGCCAAAAAUGAGUGCUACCGUGCCACUUUCCGGUUGCCCAAGGAUGAAUGCCUGGAUGGACAUACAGACUGCACCUUGUGGACACCAUUCAACAAGAUGCAUAUUCCUGGCCAGAUGUUUGUUUCCAACAAUUACAUCUGUUUUGCCAGCAAGGCAGAGGAGGCUUGUCAUCUCAUCAUUCCUCUCAGGGAGGUGACAAUAGUUGAGAAAGCAGAUAGUUCCAGCGUCUUGCCCAGCCCUCUGUCCAUCAGCACUAAGAGUAAAAUGACAUUCUUCUUUGCCAAUCUGAAAGAUCGAGAUUUCUUGGUACAGAGAAUCUCUGACUUCUUGCAGCGAACACCAUCCAAGAAACCAUGUGGCAGCGAUAGGGAAUGGAAGUGGAACUUGGCUGAUCAUGGUUGUGAGGAGGUUCCAGAGUUGCCUUCCAGCAGCCCACUUGCAGUCAGCCCCACGUCCGCUCUCAGCAAUCGACCUGUCAACUUCUGUGCUGGGGAGGUGCCAACAGCCUCGCAGGGACUACUCAAACUCUUCAGAAGAAAUUCCGAGGAGCUCUUGGGACCCAAAGGGGCAAAGGAGAAGAUGAAGGAAGAGUCUUGGAACAUUCAUUUCUUUGAAUAUGGACGAGGGAUGUGUAUGUAUCGCACUACCAAGACUAGGGAGCUGGUGCAAAAGGGAAUCCCAGAGAAUCUUCGUGGAGAGCUGUGGCUCCUUUUUUCAGGGGCUUGGAAUGAGAUGGUGACUCAUCCUGAUUACUAUGCAGAUCUUGUGGAAAAGUCAAUGGGAAAGUACAAUCUUGCUACAGAGGAAAUAGAGAGAGAUCUGCACCGUUCUAUGCCAGAACAUCCUGCUUUCCAGAAUGAGUUGGGAAUUGCUGCCCUCCGGAGAGUCUUAACAGCUUAUGCCUUCAGAAAUCCAACAAUUGGGUACUGUCAGGCCAUGAACAUUGUAACCUCAGUACUGCUGCUGUACUGCAAUGAGGAGGAGGCUUUCUGGCUCCUAGUGGCUUUAUGUGAGCGGAUGUUACCAGAUUACUACAACACAAGAGUAGUGGGUGCAUUGGUGGACCAAGGCAUCUUUGAAGAGCUUACACGAGAGUAUCUUCCACAGCUGUCAGAAAAGAUGCAGGACCUGGGAGUGAUUUCCACCAUAUCCCUUUCUUGGUUUCUCACUCUCUUUCUCAGUGUCAUGCCCUUUGAGAGUGCCGUGGUUAUUGUUGACUGUUUUUUCUAUGAGGGAAUCAAGUUUAUCUUGCAGGUGUCAUUGGCCAUACUUGAUGCCAACGUGGAGAAGUUGUUACAGUGCUGUGAUGAAGGUGAAGCCAUGACUAUUCUGGGCAGAUAUUUGGACAAUGUAGUUAACAGACAGAGCAUCUCUCCUCCUAUUCCCCACUUGCAUGCCUUAUUGACAAGUGGAGAUGACCCGCCACUUGAAAUCGACAUCUUUGAACUCAUCAAAACAUCCUAUGAGAAAUUUAGCAAUCUGAAGGCAGAUGACAUUGAACAAAUGCGUUUUAAGCAAAGGCUGAAAGUGAUCCAGUCUCUGGAGGAUACAGCCAAGAAGAGCGUGGUCCGAGCUGUGUCUAGUGACAUUGGUUUCUCUAUUGAAGAACUAGAAGAGCUGUAUGUAGUGUUCAAGGCAAAGUAUCUGAUGAGCUGUUACUGGGGAAAUAAUCGUGCUGCAGCUGCUCGCCGAGAUCAGAGUUUGCCCUACCUGGAGCAGUAUCGCAUAGACAUGGAGCAGUUCAAAGAGCUGUUCAUCAGUUUGACCCCCUGGUCCUGUGGCGCUCAUACGCCUGUGCUAGCAGGGCGUUUGUUCCGGCUCCUGGAUGAGAACAGGGAUUCUCUCAUUAACUUCAAGGAGUUUGUGACAGGGAUGAGUGGGAUGUACCAUGGUGACCUCACUGAAAAACUCAAAGUACUUUACAAACUGCAUCUACCUCCCGCUCUGAAUCCAGAGGAGACAGAAUCUGCUUUGGAGGCCACAAAUUAUUUCACAGAGGAUGUUACAACAGAAGAACCCCAAGAAGAUAAAGGAAGGAGAAAUGAGAAUGGUCCAGAAAAAGAGGAGAAAGGUACCAGUCCACAGGACUAUAGAUACUACCUAAGAAUGUGGGCCAAGGAGAAAGAGUCCAAGAAAGAAACCAUUAAAGAUCUCCCCAAAAUGAGCCAGGAACAAUUCAUAGAGUUAUGCAAGACCCUUUACAACAUGUUCAGUGAGGACCCAGUGGAGCAAGAGCUGUACCAUGCCAUUGCCACUGUAGCCAGUCUCCUCCUGCGAAUUGGGGAGGUUGGAAAAAAAUUCUCCAACAGGCCCAUGAGGAAGUCUGAGGACUGCAAAGCAAACAGCACCCAAGAUCUUGUGAGUGAAGAGGAGUCACCAACAUCUGAACAGAGUCAGAAUUCAGCAGUGGAGCAGCAACCCCAAGCUGACCAUGAGGACAAAACCUGCAGAGAUGCUCAGCCUGAAAAAACACAGCAGGAGAACCAAACUCUAGGAGAUGGGUCAGGGGAAGGACAAGGCUCUCCUUUACAGCUGCUAUCAGAUGAUGAAACCAAAGAUGAUAUGUCCAUGUCUUCCUACUCCAUGGUCAGCACAGGCUCCCUGCAGUGUGAAGACAUUGCAGAUGACACAGUCCUGGUUGGUUGUGAAGGCAGCAGUUCAGCUGCCAGGUACGGUAGUACCAUUGAUACUGACUGGUCCAUCUCCUUUGAGCAGAUCUUGGCCUCCAUGCUGACAGAAACAGCCCUUGUAAACUACUUUGAGAAAAAGGUUGACAUUCUCCAAAAGAUCAAAGAUCAGAAGAAGGUAGAGAGGCAGUUCAGCUCAUCCAGUGACUAUGAACUUUCUUCCGUGUCAGGGUGA